UUCAAAGGGAACAUCAGACAGGAGCUGACGUUGUUUCUCACGGUUGGCGGGCGCCAAAGUUUUAUGCAUGCCAGGCAAACCCAGGAAAUGCUUUUAUUAAGCUAACUACACCUGUGCACCGAAGUUAGCCUUAAACUUACCGCUAGUGCUAACAAACAGGUAGCAGUGCUCCGAUAAAGCAACGGGGUGAACAGUGAAGGAGUGCAUCACCACAGAUGAGUAAGAUGAGGCACUUUGCUGAUGAAGAGCUCCUUGGACUCGGUCAGAAACCACCUGGCACUCGUGAAGAGACUCCAGCUUUCUCAGACAUGAGCCCUACCCCCAUGGCUAACGGCAUGAACCAGAGCAGUGUGGUGUGCUUCCCCUUGAUCUCUGAGAGUAGGAAGCUUGUGUGGGUGCAUUCGCACCAGAUCGACUCACAGAUACACGGCGCUGCGGAGCUGGACGAGGCCUUUGACAGGUUUCCCUACCUAACACACAGACAGACCACCAAACUGGCAGAGAGUUGCCACCUGCACCCAGACCAGGUGAAGGCGUGGUUCAUGGCACAGAGGCUCCGCUACGGCAUCAGCUGGGACUAUGAAGACAUCCGUGAGGUCCAAAGGAAGUUCAACUCAAGUCAGGAAAAGAAGGAGCUUCAAGACGGGACGGAGAGAGAAGUAAUAGAGGACGGAAGAGAGAAGAGAAAGGUGAAAGCAACUGGUGGGAAUGCAAAGGGAAGAGGAGUGAGAGGAGACAGCGCAAAUGUUAAUGAGCAGUUGAAGAAGGAGCAACCAGUGAAGGAGAAAAAAAGCAGCACGCAAAAGCGGAAAUGGGCAAUAGCAACAGAAAAGAUGGGAAAGAAGAUCGUGAAGCAUGAUAAGGAGGAGAUGAUGGAUAAAGUGGAAAGCGGGGGAGAAAAAUGCCCCAAGCGUCGUGGCAGAAAAAGAAAAAAACCAAGAGUGAACAAAAGUUGCAUGCAAGAGGAGAGUAAUGCACCUCCGGCUCCCAGCUCUCUGCUCGGCCCCCAGGCUGAAAUCCAAACCUCUGAUGCAUCUCCAGCGCCUGACAACCAGACAUGUCUGCUGCAGAGAGCCGGUGAUCCCAGCUCCACCAUAGACAGCGACUUCAGGGAGAAAAACGAAAUCGAGGGUGCAGAUCUGCAAGCAGAGCCGGACCACCGCGUUUUCAUCACAGAUAUUGACAAACUAAAGGCCCUCAUCGAAGUGAAAAACACCCCCUCUUCCGCCGAGCCUACACCUACUACUCGGCUCCACUGCAAGACGCCGGCCCAGCUGGCGAUGAUGAAGAUGGCGUUCCUGCAAUGCCAGUACCCAGACAAGGAGCAGUACAGUCGGCUGGCAAGGAUGGUCGGUGUGCCACGCUUGUCGGUCAUUCAGUGGUUCGGCGACAUGCGCUAUUUCAUUAAGAGAGGGAGGCCUCGCUGGAUGAAUGAGGAGCAGCACCAUCAGGUACUGGGCAACGUCAUGUAUCAGCAGUACAUGAACGCGAUGACUAAAAUAAAGUUGCCCAAUAGCAUGAACUCCUGGAUUAUGAUGCUCGAAGGGAACAAAGGCUACAGCGAGGAGAAAAAUGUGAAGAUCCCUCCAGAGUAGAAAUAGCACAACAGCUCUUAUGGCUCAUAUAAAAACACAGCUGGAUCAUUUUUUAGUUCCUCUGUUCUUCAGGCAGUUGUCAACUUGUUUAUCAAGUUCCCAUGUUAGACAGACCCCCUGAUUCCAUGUUUUUCCUGCUGUUUUAGUUAGUGUGUUCAAAAGAUCCUCAUUCGGAUUCUAGGUGCAGUUUUGGUCUGUUUAUGCUGUGCAGCUGUUUUCACUGUUUUAAUAAAAGCACUUUUAUUGCUCUUCCA